GGAUGAAAUAUUUCUAGUACAUUGUUUAUUUUUUCCACUUCCCACAUUUACAACAUUGAACAUCAGGCAUUUUAACACUAGUACAAUUUUUAUACUCUCGUACGACUGUGUAAGUAUAAAAAGCACUAUAUUAUUAAAAACUGAUAUACAUUAGAUACAAACGUGUUUUUCUAAUUACAUUUUUUCUAGAUCAUAAAAGUAUGGCUCGGAAAAAGCUGUUUCAUCAACAAAAAGAGCAAACAUUCAUGCUAAACGUUAUCGUGCAAAUGUUAAGUUGAGACGAGCUCAAUCACCAUCAUCUGAUAAACAAUAUCGACAAAAGGUAGCUGCUCGACAAGCUAGAUUACGAAGUAAAAAAAAGAAGGAAAUAUUCCAUUAG